UACAGUACAGGCAGAUUGCUUUCCUACUGAGGAUAUUUAACCGCCAUCCAACACACGAGAGGCUGAACCUUCUAUCAUUUUCACAGUGUGCUACUAUGUGUAAAGGAUUAACAUCGAUGCCCGUCUGCUGCUUGGAAAGGGCCAAGGAGCUGAAAGCAAGGCUGCGAAAUGUUUUGCAGAGGUCAGAGCGGAGUCUUUUCUGCUGUAAAAUGGGGAAAAACAGACCAACCCUGGAGGAAUGCCUGAGGUGGAAAGGGUCAUUUGAGCAUCUCCUGUCUAGCAAAUAUGGCCUGUGCGCUUUCACUGCCUUCCUAUUAUCAGAAUUCAGUGAAGAGAACAUUGCGUUCUACUUUGCGUGUGAGGAUUACAGGAGUACAAAAUCUCUCGACAAACUACCUGCUAAAGCCCAGAAGAUCUACAACGAAUUCAUCAGCAGCGAUGCUCCACGGGAGAUUAACAUUGACCAUGAAACUCGUGACAUCACCAAAGCCAACAUGCAUUCCCCAUCACCCUGCUGCUUUGACCAGGCACAGCACAGGAUCUACAUGCUCAUGGCGAAAGACUGCUACCCACGUUUUUUGCGCUCACAGGCCUUCAUGGAUAUUCUCAGUCAAGCCAAGCCUAGCACCAAGUACACAAAACAGCCCCAACUGGAGAAGAAGGCAUGAGUUCUCAGUGUUGGUUGACUAGAAGUACAGUAUGUCCUUUAAGACCCCUCAUGCUAAAUGCUUAAAGGAAAUAAAAAAUGGGAUUAUUUUUCCAUGACAGGAAUGUCAAUUAAUAGCACGGAUUAAGAAAGGUGGCUUGGAAAGUCUCAAGAAAAUAAAAGGCUAACCGAUACCACAGAAGUUAGAGCGGAAUGGGAAAGCACUUUUAUAUGUUUGCCUUAAGGCAAUUUUUUGUUUCUAGUGUCUCUGUCAAAGUUCAAAACGGUUUGUGAAAAGAUGUCUUUAUUACUAAGAAAGUUUCUUAUUUAUUUCUGUGUAGUUUUUAGCAAUUUUACAAAAUAAAGUCUGUAAUGCAAUCUUGUGCAAUAUAAUAUACUGAUAUUCUUAUAACGGUUGUAUUUU